GUUGAGAUAGCUUGCUACAGUCUUUCUAUAUUGUACUGUAAGCCUCGGGUGGCUCCAGCACAAAUCAGCUUGUUGAGCUCUUAGUACAGUGCCGUUAUGUCUUCGCUAUCCCACCACACUCUCAGGCAGCUCAAGUUCAUCCUUCCCGGAGGACUCACCACGUACUAUCUCAAUAGUCACGCUAUAUUCUGGCGUGUUGUGCGUGGUGACACAGGAACUGAUGGAUGGGGACGAUUCGUUGCAUUGGCGGCGCUCGGCUCAGCCUUGCUCACUGUAACUCUAUUCAUAUACAUAUUAUCAAUACCCUUGCUCGAAGGAGAGCAGCCAAAUUAUCGUCGUUGGAGGGAAUCUGGGACGUUAUCAUCCGUCAUUCCAAUACUGACUGCGUCCAUCGUUGUCGGUUGGUGGCUGCUCACCUUCACGCUGAGUCGAUGGUCUGGCCUUGGGCUGAUCGAAGGCGUAGUGGGCGCCUCAGGCCUAUACGCUCUUACAUUCGGUCUAUUAGGUCUUGUCCCGUCUCCCAGAGUGUCUCGACAGUGAAUUCAAUGUUUUCGAGUUUUGUACAUCCUCAUUUAUCUGGUUAUCCCCCGCUUUUCACCCGCCAACAUAGCUUUGGAUGCGUUAUGUGGUCGCAACUGUACCCUGUCACCUUUUUGUUAUAUUGAUAUUCGCUCAAUCCCGCAUCAAUCACUA